AUGUCCCACCAAGGGCCUCCGAGGCCCUUUCGUCCUAUCGCUCCACGAACCUUGCUAGAUCCUCCGACACCCGGGCCUGUCGCUGAAGAGACUAAGAUCCGGAGAGCAUCGACAGCUUGCACGGAGUGUAAAAAACGUCGGACUAAGUGUAGUGCGGAUUCCACCGGCAUCCCCUGUUCCGAAUGCGCCCUUCACGGGCGAACUUGCAUUAUCGAUGAGCUUGCAGACAAACGCCGCAAGGUCGCCGCGAAACGGACCCAGGAGGAAUUGGAAUACUAUCGUGUGUUUGUCGAGCACCUGCUCGAAGUUAUCCGCCACGGCGAACAAGCCACCAUCGAUGCCGUCAUCAACACCAUUCGCUCGGGAGCGUCGUUGAAUGAGAUCCGCGCGGAGGUCGCUAAAUCGUUGCGAUAUCCAGAUGAGGUUGAUGGCAUAGGAGAAUUGAUCGAUGGACUUGGGGACUCGGUCGAUGGGCUGGGCGAUUUGGAUUGGACGCCUAGGAAGCCGGCCAGUGGGCCGGGGAAAUCGACUCCCGACGUCUGGGGGAUGGGCCUGGACCAGAUGAAGAUCUCUCACGGCGCAUGA